UCUGUCAUCAUUUUUCGUUUUAAAAUUAAUCACUACUCCGGUGAAGUCUACAGCCACAAAGCAUUUGUAGCCAACCUCCUGUGAGAUAGGAGUCUGUUGGCACAUUUCCGUGAGCGGCGAGAUCAAAGAGCGGAUGAGAGUCGACAGUAAGCGACAUUUUAAUCUACUGAACCUGUAUUAUGCACGAGAGCUGGACGUCAAGCACUCCUGUUUCUUCUCAUGUAAGUCAUGUUAAAAUUCAAAAUUCAGUUAUGAUAUUUUGAAAAAAAAAUUAGGCAGCUUUAUCUUGGCCCGCCAAAAGUGAUGUUAGUUUCGGGAAAUAUACGCGGGCGAGAUUUUCAUUCGAUUCACUAGGGUGACGUCGGCUCAUAACUUGACUGAGAGAGGACUCACUCCUGCCUUAACGUUGUGACAUAUUAUGUAGUCUAUUAAGAAGCCAUAUAAAAACUUAUCCUUGUCAAGGGAAAUAGUAUUGGGAAGCCGAGUAUUGGCCAAUGGAACACAUCGAUAAAAAUUUGUUGGUAAAACUACCAUCCAUAUAUUUUAAACUGAAUUCGCAGCCAUUAUCGAAGAAUUUUGAAGAUUUUAAAGUUUUAAAUGAGAUUUAUUAAGUGGCGCCUUUUCUUUAAACGACAUUUUAAGAUCUUAAAACUCAGGAAUUUUUAAAGAACCACCUCAAAUCGCUUAUUUAUCUAUAUUCAGUUAUUUAAAUUUAUGAAUCAAUUAAUGCUUUGACUGCAUGACACAAGAUUGGGAGAUACUGUCAGGAGAUUUUAAUUCACACAGCAAAGGCCGCGACUAUCGCGAACUGAAAUUUCAUAUUUUACAGUGAGAAAAUCUAACAAGGUCGAGGUUGCUAUGGUAGCACUGCAGCUUGCAAAACAUUAUGGAUAACCUGAAGGUCUUUUCCUAAUUUGAGACUUGUUCUCUGAACUCGCGGUUUCCUUUUGGUGGGGAAUUUGUUUGGAUCCGGAAAAUAGGGGGGCAUGUCGAAGCUUAGGGCACAUUUUAAAGUUUGUAGCCUUCCUCUUCAAAACAAUAGCGUACAAUGGUCCUUAUCAGCAUGACACAGACAGUGAAUUUUUUCAAAACUGAUACUUUCAAGUUGAAGAGUACUGACCUACGAUACUUUCUGAAGUUACGGCUCAUUUGAACACCUCCGGUAAAAUUUAUGGUCUUAUUUACUUUUAACGAUUGUCGUAGCGAACUAGCAGUCUGUUGUCGAAAGUGGAAAAGAGGAAUUGAUAUUUUUUUUACAUAAAAGCGGAAAAACCAAAGAAAUAGCAAACUUAUAGUCUACAAAGAAAGCGCUUUAGUACAGUAACGAUAAAAAAAUUAAGGUUCCUAAUUCACAGCGACAUAAAUUGUAUUUAUAAAUCGAAAGAAAAACUUCCGAGCGCCCACAGUGCUGCAAAAAAAUUAUCGAAACUUUUGUAAUUCAAAUAAAGUUUGAACGCCUUGGGGGAAUUGAUUUCUUGCCUCAUUUGUGGUAUAGAAAAAGCAAUAUUCUUAGAAUGAUUUUAAAGUCGUCAUAGGAAAUUUGUCAGAAGGAAAUUAAAAGGAAAACAUAUAUUUUUCAAUACUUUUGAGCCCACAACAAAUUAAGGGGACUUCAAGCAGCCGGCAAAAACAGUGGAUAUUUCAUUCUGGUUCACGUGCAGUCAGCUUCAAUAGAAGCUAAAACAUCGACACCAGUGCGGGUAAGAGAUCGUUUUAUGAGGCACGAAAAAAAAAGAAAAACUUCUUCCUUUUUCAUUACGUAGUCAUUUAAACGGGUUUAUCUUUCUCCUAAAUUGCAUGUGCAUUGACUUCAACUGCGCAAAGAGAAAGUCUUUCUUUCUUCCAAAGAGUUUAUACAGCCUUAAUGGACCGUAUCACCGUAUAACUCAUUGAGUGCUUCUCAAACAAUAUUCUUUGUAGCUACAGGUCGAUAAACUCAGUCUGGAUUAAAUUUUUGAAAUGAAGGACUGAUACGGGAGGGUAGUUCAAUAUUGGCUUGCCGUAAUUUUGAUUAGCUGACCUCUGGAGGCAAUUAUCGCAACUAAUACAGCUCCUAAUUUUCCCCAACUCGUUCGAUUUGAAGCAGAAAGCUAAAAAUUCUAUAAUUUACGCUGCUUGAAAAUGAAGUUUUUUUAAUUUUUAAGGAAAAUUCUUGUGCUCUCUCGCCGGUCGCUUCUCUAUUUCUUGCUGUCGCACCGUGAUCCUGAGACCCAGCCACGUCAAAACAGCUGUCCGUGCGGAUUGGGUUCCAUCGAUUGGAACUUCGAUUUCAGUUUGGAAGUUUACCGUGUCGUUACGAUGGCGUGUUAUGUUUUUCUACGCAGUAACGGAGAUUCUGUACUUCAACACAAAGCUCAAAUUCAUCAAAUUUUGAAUCAAGGAAAUGAUCCGCGAAGUAUAUGAAAAUAAUUGAUCAAAAGCCACGCAAAUCAGAGAGGGGGUCGAAAACUCAAAGAUAUAAUUGAAAUAAUGCGACUUUGAUGCGCGCCGAGCUGCGAGUGAUUAGUCUUUCACCAGCAAUUUCUAAGUGGUAUUGUGUUUCUUCGGCUUAAUGCAUGGAGGUCAAUAAUUCCGUGAUCUAGUAUUUACCGCUGAUGCCAUCUGAGAAAUUUGUAAGCAAGGAAAGACUGAAAUAAGCCACAUCCUGUACUGACUCAUAACAAAUCUAGCUCCCUAGAUGGAUGGCAAAGAUAGUUGUUUACUGCAAAGGUACACAUCUAAUGUAUUAAAUGGGAUAAUGUCUUAAUAUCUUAUGGAAAACGAAAAUAAAUUAAGAUUUUCAAAUAAUAGAUGAAUUGCUAGAACUGGUUUAAAGUACGUGAACAUAUCAGAAUGCUAUAUUGAAUAGUCGCCGGCAAAAGAAGGAAAACUCAUUGCCAUUGGCUCAGUAAGAAUCAGCACGAGAGUGAAACCAUCUUUGAUCUGAAUGUUCUUUAAAGCUUUGAAGAGCUGUUUCCAUUGUCCGUGUUUUUCUUAAAAAUUAGGAAAUGGCCCGCGUGAGAUAUUGAAUAAAAGCUGUCCAUCUAUAAUACAUCGUUACAAAGGACCUGCAAGCUGCAAAACAAAAAAAAGUAGAAUUGUUCGAAAUGGCGACCCAAGAACGUUACAUAAUAACAGGAAUUUCAGUGCAGUUCACAGUGUUACAAGAAAAAAAAGGAAAUUCAUAUUUGCCCAGUUUUCCUUCGUGAAUGAAGAGCUUAUUUUUGUUUUUUUGUUUUUUUUUUCUGUCUUUUCCGGUAAGCUACAUCAUGCGCUAUUUUGAAUUUCUCAGUAUAUUUGAUGUUCCGCCGAGGUUGGCCAGUUUCAGCUUUGAGGAUCUGUUUUUAUUUUCGAUGUUUUCCUUAAAAAUCUGACAUGGCUCGAGGACCUAUCACUCUUCUCAUUUGCCAAAAAGUGACAUCGAAACCACAAAAUAAACAGAGGGAAGGGUAACCUAGGAAAUUCUGCGAAAUAACAGCAUUAGAGCUAAGCCUAAAUAAUGUGCUCGAUCGCUUCAUUUUAAAUCUUCACUUCCCACGUAAGCUAAUUUGGGUUGAGCCAAAGGUUGGGCCUUUUCACACCCUUCUUCAUCCCAAUCAGAAGGCGGAAAACAAGAUUAAUAGCGAGGAAAAAUAUAAUCCUAAAUCUAGUAUUAUCUUUGUAUAGGAAUACUAAAGCAGGAUGCGAAGUUAGAGAUCGUUUUUCGUUGAUUGUCUGUGGCCCAAAUGUCAGAUUUGGAACAAGGCGGAAAGCGUAUUAAUUGUGUAAGGAAAGAUAAUCUGUCAACUUACAAUGAGAUCAUCCGCUAUGAAUAAUUUGCAACAGGGGUACGUCUUGCUGCAAGACGCGGCGAAUACCUUCAAGAUCUCGGUGCCUCGAGUAGCAGGUUGAACUUUACGACAAGUCAAAUUAUUUAAAAUUUCAAUGAAGUCAUUGGGGGGAGAGCUGCAAAAAACAGAGGGUAGAAAGAUGGAAAAAAGUAACUUAAAAUUAAGGAAAAAGACUACCUAUGAAUUAACUGUGAGGCAGCUCAAGAUAUUUUGAUUUGAAACUGAAAUGUUUACGUCUGUAAAGCCUGGUGCACUUCCAACCUCAAUAAUGUCAAAAAAUGUUUUUGGAACAUAGCGGGGCGUUCAAGUCUCGCUAAUUUCGUAUGCUGCUUUGUUUAGACCACUUUUUUUCAGCUGGAUAUUAUUUAUCCCAGUCUGACUCUGCUACAGAUCUCUUGCUCUCUUAAGAAGUCUGGCCUAAUGACAGCCUUGAAAAUAUGAAUGCUUUUCUAGCUCUUAAAGGACAAGGCAUUCUGAAUUAUAACAUCGAAAUGCGUGUAUCAAAAUAAGUUGUUAUUUAUGAGAUGCAAAUAAGUAUUGGAGGCGAUUUUCUGAAAUCUGGCAUCUGUUUGUGUUUCUUUGUUGUUUUUUUUUCUUUCAUUUUCCCAAAGUCUGUACGAUAAUUAAAAUUUCAUCUCCAGUAUUGUAAGACUUUGACACAACAGCGACAUAGGGUGCACUUGCACCUCUUUCAUUCGUGGCUCACACUUUAUUAUGAAACAAGUAACAGUAGGGAUGACACUUGUCAUGAUAUUUCCAUUACCUAAAACAGGUCAAUAUUUCCACCCUUCUGAAUAUUCAAUAUUCGCAACAGUUUUUUUUAUGCCAGCUGCAGGAAGCAAAGGGGAAGCUUUUUCUAACGCGUACCAAGGGGCAAGUUCUCCCAGGUAUUUUUUCAGGGUAUGCAUUUAGAUACAUGCAUACUUUGAAACUACGAAACUAAUUUGGGCCAGUCACCACAACUUCUCUCGCAAUUCCUGUUGUUUCAGACCGUAUCCAGUAGAGAUUUAUUUUUCAACAGAAUUUGCAAGUUAUGACAGACUAAAAAACGACAAAUCAAACGACCCUAUAAUUCACAAGUUCAGCUUACCAUUAUCUUCAUUAGUCGAUUGUCUUUUACCUCUAUAAAUAGUUUAAAGAUUCUUUUAUGAUAGUCUGCAAAACAAGCCCCUGGGGAUGAAAAGGCUAGUUUCCGCAUCAUUUCAACCUUUCAGUUUCAAAAUCUCUCCUUGAGGUCAGACCUUCAAAAACAGAUUAUUUACCUACGGAUAUCAAGCUCAGCGGGACAUCUAACAAGUCAGCCUAUCUUUCGUGUUACAGAUAAAAUUAGUGACUGCACGAAGUCCAUUAACCGAAGCAGCUAACGAGAAAAUCCGUCCGUAGACUAACAUUAGGUUUUGCGCUUUCGAUAGGAGAAACGUGCAUUGAAAGGUAAGUGAGCGUAUCAACUCAAAUUGUUUAUGAAACAUGUCUACAUCUGUGCCGCUGUAGCGAAAUUAGUAGAAUGUUUUACUUCACGGAGUGUUAAAGUAUCCAGUGUAAUAAGGAAGAGUAAUCUUUGGCAUUUUGAAGAGCCUAAAAAGCAUUUUUUACAGGCAGAGGCUUAUUAGUUGCUAUCCAGCCACGUCUUCUACUCAGUAUUGAAAGAAUUCUAAACCAACUCAUGUAUUUUAUGAAUAGUAACACAACGAUUUCAAGGUGGAAAUUUAUCCCCAGCACUGACUCGCUAAACAAAAAUAACAGGAAUUUAAGGCCAUCUUCUUUCGUAACUUGAAUAAAUUCUUGAUAACUUGAAUUCCUUCUUUAUCUCAGUCUUACGCCUGAUUAAUAGCUUUGUUAAAGAGAUAACAUAAUCACUUGUUCUGCAAACUGGCUCAGAAGUCUGUUCCGUGAUCGCGUGCCGUUUUCUCAAUGAUGAUGUUUCUAUAGAAAACAUAUACUUUACAAGUAUCAACAAAAGGCUAAUAGCGUUAAUGCUCGAGAUUUUGAGGUAAACCAGGCAUGGCUUGCAAAUUAGUCAGGUUUUCCAGACUCUUUACGGCUUUAAUGUUUGCUCUAAUUGAAAGUAAAUUACAGCCUUGAGGGCAUGAUCUUAUUUACUUGAGCCGUAAUUCUGGCUGUAAUCUAUACCAAUGCUCUAAAAAUUUUUUUCACCUACACUGUCACACUAUUGUUUUGAUGAUCACGAAGCGAGUGUACUGAAACGACGCUGUCAGAAGAAAAGUAAUUUCACAGAAAGCUGCUAAUUGUAGACUGCUAGUAUGAUUUCAAGUGCUUAAUUAAUGUAUGGAGACUAGUUCUGUGCACUUACUUCAUUUAGAUGUCUCAAUUAUUUUGAAUUAAGCGAUUUCUUAUCAUCAACUGAUUACAUAUAAGUUGUUACAAACUGACUGUUUGUCUGUUUAUCAUUCGGUUUCGAACCCUAUCCACAUUUACGGUAUCGAAAGCACAUUUUUGAUGCAUUUUUCCAUAUCAUCUAUCCCGAAAACGUUGAUGGAAAAGGAGUUUUUCGAAAGCGGUUCUACAAAGAACUCGGGCCGUUACUGGUGUAAACAAGCAGGACGGAGGCUUCUGCCAGAUUCCAUUAACGUUUUGGGUUGUUCUUGUAUGGACAACAGACGAGAACGUAUCAAAAGAUAAGUGUUUUUAAAUAAUAGCACAGCGAGUAUGGACAGUGAAGGCGAAUAUUUAAAAGGGAUACGCGAGAGUGCGUUGGAAUAUUUUGGUUUGCUUUGUUCGAGACAAGAAAGACUCCUACAGGUAAAAAGCGCAGUAGUGCGGUAGGGGCCUCAUAAGUGUGUAUCACAGACAGCUGUCAUUUCAUGAUUCAAUGGCGAGAAAUAAUGCAGAGCCUUAGAGCGGAAACCGUUUCUACAACAAUGAUUUGCGUGUUUUCAUUAUAAGUUGAUUUGAUGCACGGGUUAUCAUGAAGUUGUAUUUCUAAUCUGGUUGCAAUAUGUAACCUAAACUAACCAAUUGAUUUUCCUCGUCUUGGCGCUUAUCGUUUCAUAUUUAUGGGAGAAAAGACCAUUGAAAAUAAUCGGGUCUUUGAAGUAAAAUAAACGACUUUGCUCGGUUUUAUCAGUGCGGUUAAUCUUAUACAAAGUCGAGCUGCUCUCGGAGUUACGUAAUGAGAUGACUUCUUUUAUCAGUUUUGUUUAUCAAAGUUAUUGGUCGAAAACAGGUUGACUUCUAUAGCAACGAGACCAAGGUUUCAGGCAUAAAAGUUUAAUUUUCAUCGACCUUAAAUGCAAUAGAUUUAACCAGCCAUGAUUCAGUUUAGGAGGCUUAUAAGGAUAUGACCUCUCUCCUAGAGUAAGAUAGUGUAGUUACCUCCCGAAAUUAAAUUCGUCACAGUCGUUCACGAAACAUCAGUUAAAUUAAAUACAUAUUAAAUCCAUUUACAAAUUCUUAGAUAAAGCCAUGAGUUGUAAUAGUUUUAACUAAUGGAAAUCUCAUGUUGUGAUUGGCCGACGUGAUAUGUUCGUCUAUCAGCUCAAACAUAGUUUAGUAGAAAAAUUCAACUAAGGUUUCGUUUGAUGAACCUGAAAACUUCUAUGUAGGUGGUAUCAAGGAUCCCCUCGUCCGGUAGCGAAUUUGCUACCGCUGGGUCGAUGCUGGAAGAGUUUCCUCCCAUUGAAAAUAUCGUUUUCCUGAAAAUAAUACCAAAUUGGUAUUUUUUCCCCGCAAUUGUCUUAUGAGCUUUUUCAAGGAGUAACUUUUGAUCGGUCGCUGUCUAAUCAAACAAUUUACAAUUCAUUUUCAUGCUUUCAGUAUUUGCCGAGGAGCGAAAUUACCGGAUUGCCUCCCCAGUGAAGACAAACUGCACAAAGAAAUCAAGAGAGUCUUUGACAUGGAACGUUCUGUCUCUAACACUUCCAACGUCACCACCGACUUGGGAACCGAGCCUCUGGAGCCUGUUCUAUUAAGGACUGUGGCAUCUUUCGUGAGCGCCUCACUAAUCUGCCUUCUGAUUAUAGGCGCCUUCAUAGCAAAUACUUUUGUCUGUUUAGCUGUUUAUAAACAGCGCUCUGCUAGGCGGAUAACGCGGUAUUUCAUUAUUAAUCUAUGCCUGGCAGAUAUCUUCAUUACAGUUAUAAGUAUGCCUAUUUGGCUGAUUUUUCUGCUGUACGGCAGCAAGUCAGCGAUUCUUUAUCUCGGCGAGACAUUUGUCACAAUUUGGAGACACGUGGACAUCAUGUGUGGAACAGCCUCCAUUCUGAGUUUGACGUCAAUCAGCGUGGACCGUUAUAUAGCAGUUUCCAGGCCCUACUCGUACGUAGAGACGAUAACUACACGAAGGGCGAUGCACAUUAUUGGAGGAAUUUGGGUCUACUCCAUGACUGUUGCCUUGUUGGUAAAACCACUCAGAGAAUUUAAAGGUGGUAAGUGCAAGCGCUCUAUUUGUUUUUUUCUUUCUCUUUUCGUCGUCAUCUUCUUCUCCUUUAAAACCUGUAACUCUCCUUACUGUCAACCACACUGUGAUUCUCACAAUGUUAGUUCAGAGAAUUUAGUAUUGGAUCAACUAAUUAUCCCCAAAUUGAUAUUUGGUUGAUAUCUAGUUGAUACUGUAUUGAUAUUGUAAGGAGAAAUUCUAUCUUUGUCACUCAGGGGAGUUAAAAGGUCAAAGGCGCGAAUGAACACAAAUGCCGAUUGAAAGAAUAAGAGCCUUAAACUCUGUGCACGGGUUUACAAAGGUUAAAGGCUGUUUUUCGUAUGUCGGGAAAUUCCCACAUGCAUGGUCGAUAGGGAUUUCACUGCUCUCCAACCUCUCAGAUUUUUCCAAUAAAUUAAAACUCCAAAUUAUAGACAUCCCCGAUUGUCUGGGAUUGUCGGCGACAGAUCGGGAAAGUCAGGAGCGUUUCCAAUUUCCCAAAGCGUCCCAGAUUUCUCGGAUGAUCUGCCAUCAGAUAUAUGAAAACACCUAAUUUUCAGUACCUUCGGGGAUGUCGGUGAUAACUAACUCGCUAUGCUCGCGAACUAUCUCCUAAUUGCUUGGCUCCAGUGUCGUCUGCAAUUCAAGGAGAGAAACGUCUGACGAUUUACCAAAACCUCGGCGAAAUCUGAGACGAUCGGUAAACGGUGAAUAGCUGAUCGUCUAAGAUUCUCCCGAUGUACGAAAACCAGCCUUUAGACGAUUUAAAUACUGGACGAUUAGUUAGCAGAUAUGCUGGACUCCCAUACGCCUGAGCGACUAAACUACCAGACGACUAAAUGAAUGGAGGACUAGACGAUAGGAUAAUUGGUUAACGAUGAUGCGUAUCUUUCCUAUCCAGGUUACGCCAUAUUUGUCAUGUUUGCAAGUUUCCUUCUUCCCUUACUAAUAAUCAUUGCAGCUUAUGGAAGUAUGUUUCGCGUUGCUAUGCGACACACACGUGGCCUGACCCGCAGAGAGGAAGAGGCAAAUAAUCAUCACCACUGGCAUAAAGAGAUAAAGAGACACCUCAAAGCUGCUAAGACUGUUGCCUUUGUGAUUGGAAGUUUUCUGUGCUGCUGGACGCCAUUCAUCAUUGUGAGCGUUUGUUUUGCGUUUUAUACGUUGAACCCUACCGGAGCGAGUGUCACAAAGUGGCUGGCGUAUCUAAACGCUGUUUUAAAUCCUGUGGUUUAUACCUGCGUCGAUAAACAGUUGAGGAGACUUGUGUUGAAGCGACUUUCUUUUUGUUUUCGUGGAAGGUUUUGGAUGUUUUUCAAAGAAGAUCGCUUUUCGCGCUGUGGGACAGAAAACUCUACGCAUAUGAGUUCUGUGUAAAUAAAAUUUUUACUAGUAUCAUAAAAAAUAGAAGAGGAAGCGGAAAAUGAUGACGAUGAUGAAGAGUAACAACAACAACAACAACAAGAAAAACUAACAACAGUGGGAUACUUGUCAACAUCUUUAGCAAAUAAAGAGCGACAAUUAUUGAGCAGCAGCAGAAAAAAAAGCCAUCAACAACUAACUGUUAUCCUGACAACAUUUUAAACAGCAACAAUACAGAGGCAAAUUAGUGGAGUAACGCGUAAAGAACACCUUAAUAAUAGCAAUAACCACAAGGAACUGUGCGGGAUACAUAAAUGAAGCAGAUAUCAGAUCGUGAAUUAAAUUAACAUCAGAACAAACGGCAAGAGAAGCUAAUCACCGCUAAAAAUAAAAAGAACAACAACAACAACAACUAGAAAACACUAAAAGUAGAAACAGUGACAAAAAAUAGCCUUUCCUUUAGAGAGUCUGUUUGGAGUGGUCUGUACGAUUAUCGACAUUGAUAUUCGUCAUUACAGAGGUCAAACUAUUGUGAAUUCACAAAUUGGUCAGUCAGAUUGCGAUGUUACUUCCAACUGUGGUAAAAUAUUUAAUUUUCUUAAUAUAAAGAGGAAUAGCAGAAGAAUUGUGAAAAUUUGAGUGAAGCACUUCUUUUUAGUCUGUCUUCUCCUCGUUUCGUGAAGAACAGCGUUUGUCAUAUCGCAGUAGUCUUCAUGAACAGGUGCGUUAUACACCAUUUACACUGCACCAUAUUGACUGUUGAGUUCUGUUGACUUGCGAGGAAAGGUUUCAAGAAAGAGCUCAGUUUUUAAGGGGAUCAGCACUAGCUAUUCCAGUAAAAUACUUCAGGACUAAGGAGUGAUUCUUCUCGUUUUAGCUUCAGCCGCCCUGUUUCGUGUUUCAGACAAUACAGAGUUAAGCAAAGAAGUCAGUCACUCCUUUAAUAUGCUGAAAUAUGUCUUCAGAAUGGCAUCAAAUUAAUCCAAAUUUUUGCAUCUUGUUCACCUUUGUAUUACUUGAUUGGAUACAUCGUAUAUUUGCAUGUCAGUUCUUUAUUUAUUGCUCGAGAAUCCAGAUUGGUAUUGGUAGAAGUCCUUAGAAGGGUCUGCAGAAAGUGUUAUUACUUUAUUUAUCUAUAGGUAUUUAGUAAAUAACCCCUUCAGGCGCCUUGUAUGUCGGUUAAUAAUGUUCGCGGCUGAGAUAUUAUCCAAAAAAAGGAAUAUUUGGACGAGAAGCGAAGCUUCGAGGGCAAACGUGAAAUUUUGAGGACAAUCUCUCAACCAAGGACAUUAUCAGCUGACAUACCAACAACCCAGAAGGGGUUUAUUCAUUUUAUAAUCCAUCCACUCCCUAUCACGUGUCGACCGCAAGUUUUGUUUAAUUUAUUAUAGCGGAGCUCUAAUCAGACCCGGAGUCGGACGACCCGGGUUCUGGUCCUGGCCGGGGCAAGGCGUUGUACCCUUGAGACGUGCGGGAAAAAAAAAUGCGAGCUCCGCUUUUAGGCUUGGCUAAAUCUAUAAAUUACUUUUCGAAGUAGCUUUGGAGAUUACCUUUUUAAUGUCACUGCCACUGGUUUUUAGAAACGAGUUUGUUUGUCUUCCAUGUUAAGUAAUAAAGAAAAAAAAGUGAAACUCUUGGGCCUGCCUUUUUCUCGAUCGCGACUUUUUUCGUUUUCGACAGAAUAAUCCGAGGACAAAUAUUGACGCAAACGAAGGUUAUUGCAUGGCAAUUGUCCUGUGAUUCUCUACCACGUGAUGUAAAGUAGCCAAUAGAAUCGCGCGAAAAUUGAUGGGUGGGUUAUUUUGCCUUCAUCUGUCAUUGAUCUGUUUUCUUUCUAUUGUAAAAUCAAUAAAGGGGGCUUGUUAAAAUUAAAGGGUAUUUUCUCUGUGAAAAUAAAAUUUUUAUCAUUAAAAGAG